UCAGACCUGGGGGAGUAGCCGGUUCGUGCGCGCGGCGGGUUCCGUCCCGCCCCGCUGCUUCCCGCGGUGCGUGGUUCCGGCCGCGCCGCCGCCUCCCCGCUGCUCUGGCGCCCCCGCACCUCCCUCCCCGCGGUCCGGUGAGCGCCUCCGGGACCGGAUGCAUCAGCGUAAACCCGAGCUUCCCAGUUGAGAGGCGUCGGACUCUCUCCCCCUGAGGCGCGGACGCGGAAGUUUCCCUCCUCGGACCGCUUCUCCCGCCCCGCGCUCGGCUGCGUCCCCGCGGGUCUAGUCGGGACCUGGCGGAGGCGACACCCCCCGCGCCGGCCGCCCUCACACACGCGCGAAGAGGAAGGGGGCUUCCGGGGGCAGAUGCUCUCGAGCCGGGGCCACUUGGGCUCCACCUGUGUCCCUGCUGAGCACAGCACCCGUAUUCAGGGAUAGGGGUCCUCCGGCACCCUGACCUCUGACCUUUCAUCACCGCCAGCAGGUUCCUCGGCCUGGACGCAUGGAUGCCCACUCACCGAGCCUCAUGGGUUCCCUGGGGUGCUGCUGUAUGUCUUUUCAGGAGGCUGUGACGUUCGGUGAUGUGGCCGUACACUUCUCGAGGGAGGAGUGGCAGUGUCUGGACCCUGGCCAGAGGGCCCUCUACAAGGAGGUGAUGCUGGAGAACCACAGCAGUGUGGCUGGACUAGGAUUCCUGGUCUUCAAGCCUGAGCUGAUCUCCCGGCUGGAGCAGGGGCAGGAGCCAUGGGUCCUUGACCUGAAGGGAGUCGAGGGGAGAGAGGGGGCAAGAACCUUCCUUACAGAUUCUGCGGUGGGGAUUGUGAGCGAGCAGGCCUGUGAGGACGUGGAUGUUCUAAAGUCAGAGCCCUGUGUGGCGACGGUCAGAAGCCCCUCACAGGGUUUUCCCCAGACUUCUAGCUCGAGAGACCCCUGUGAUUCUGAGGUCUGGUCGGGGACUAAGCCAGGCGCCCUCCUCCAGAAAAAGUGCUUGAACUCCGGGACCGUGGCUACCAGGAAGACCUUCGCCAAGGAGGGUGCCCAGGGUUGUGGCCAGCUGGAGAGCAGUGGCGGCCUGGGUGGCCAGCCCGGCCGAAGUCCAGGAGGUGCUGCUGAUGGGGCGUCCCGAGGAUGUGACGCGUGCGGCACAGGGUUUAGAUCAGACAUUGUUCUGCAUCAAGGAAUGAAUACACAGAAAAAACCUAGUAGAUGUCCAGAGGGCAAAAAAAGUCUACCCGAGUGUUUACAGGGGAGAAAUGGAAGCAACUGCCACAGAGAGAAGCCCUACGAGUGCGAGGCGUGCGGGAAGGUCUUCCGGUUGUGCUCGCAGCUGAACCAGCAUCAGAGAAUCCACACUGGAGAAAAGCCAUUCAAGUGCAUCGAGUGUGGAAAGGCCUUUCGUCUGAGCUCAAAACUUAUUCAGCAUCAAAGGAUUCAUACCGGAGAGAGGCCCUACAGGUGUGAGGAGUGCGGCAAGGCCUUCGGGCAGAGCUCCAGCCUCAUCCACCACCAGAGGGUGCACACAGGGGAGAGGCCCUACGGCUGCCGGGAGUGUGGGAAGGCCUUCAGCCAGCAGUCCCAGCUGGUCCGACACCAGAGGACCCACACCGGGGAGAGGCCCUACCAGUGCCAGGAGUGUGGGAAGGCCUUCAGCCAGAGCUCAACGCUGGCCCAGCACCAGCGGAUGCACGCUGGGGACAGACCCCAGCCUCCACGGAGCCCAGAUGGUCCCGGCCUCAUUGCGCGUCAGAGAACCCAUCCUGCGGAGAAGCCGUUCAAGUGUGGCGAGUGUGGGAAGGCCUUCAGGUGGGUGUCCCGCCUUAGUCAGCACCAGCUGACCCACACCGGAGAGAAACCUUACAAAUGCAACAAGUGUGCAAAAGCCUUUGGUUGCAGCUCACGACUUAUUCGCCACCAGAGAACUCACACUGGAGAAAAACCAUUUAAGUGUGAGGAGUGUGGGAAAGGCUUUGUCCAGGGCUCACACCUAAUUCAGCACCAGCGAAUUCACACUGGAGAGAAGCCCUAUGAGUGUAGUGACUGCGGAAAAGCCUUCAGCCAGAGCUCGAGCCUCAUUUACCACCAGAGAAUCCAUAAGGGAGAGAAGCCCUACGAGUGCCUGGAAUGUGGAAAAGCUUUCAGCAUGAGCACACAGCUCACGAUCCAUCAGAGGGUCCACACUGGGGAGAGACCCUACAAGUGUACUGAAUGCGGGAAAGCCUUCAGUCAGAACUCCACCCUUUUCCAGCACCAGAUCAUCCACGCAGGGGUGAAGCCCUACGGCUGCAGCGAGUGUGGGAAGGCCUUCAGCCGGAGCUCCUAUCUUAUCGAGCACCAGAGGAUCCACACGCGGGCCCAGUGGUACCAUGAGUAUGGGAGUACCUUGGAGGCUUCCGCCCACGUGAGCCGCAGAAAAGUCAAUACUGUCAAGAAACUGCAUAAGUGCAACGAAUGUGAGAAAAUAUUCAGGUGGCGCUCCCAUCUCAUCAUACAUCAGAGAAUUCACACCGGAGAGAAACCUUACAAAUGUAACGAUUGUGGCAAAGCUUUCAAUCGGAGCUCGAGGCUUACUCAGCAUCAGAAAAUUCACAUGGGGUAGACCUUACCUUUAUAAAUGUGUGUAAGCGUGAAUAAACCUACAGCCUUAACUUGACGUAUUUUAUAUGGGAUCCUUUAUACUAAGAAUUUAGGAUGUGGGGAGAGAGUCCAAAUUCCUAUAAAGUGGAUGUUCCUUUGCUGGAAUGUGUGACCUUAGCCCGCUCAGCAAAGCCUGUGUCCCUUGAGUCAGGGUGCACAUGUGUAGCGUUUUGAGUUCACGGAGGGAAGACCCUCGGUCCUAUGGAUGAGGAGGAUCAUGGGAAAAGGCCUGUGUGUCGCCGCACAGCUUAGAAGUUACCCAAAGUGUUUCCCCUGAGCACUGGCCCCUCAGACUGCCUUCAGCAAUCAGGAUGUGUCCGUUUGUGCUCAUGGAAGCCCGGAGCAAGGGGGCCUAGGACUCCCUUCUCUUGCCUUCUUCACCUGACUCCUUCCGGGGGAUAUGCCAGAGGGCCCCGGGGACCUGGCUCUGCAGAUAGGAGCUCGGAUCGGCGCGGGACUCCGGGAACCAAGCCCAGGUUGUGAUUGUGGGGCCUAUUCUGCGACUCUGGGAUGUCACUGUCCUUGAAAUCCAGAGUCUCCCUGCCCGCCAGCAUCUUUGCAGGCUGAUCGGAAGAACUGAACUGAGAGAGCUCUCCCCCCGAGCCAGCUCGGAGACCCCCGAGCCAGCGUCUCCAGCCAAGCCCAGUGCAGACCUGGCCUCAGUAGGAAGAGCUCAUGGGAGCCCAGCGGGUGCCCUCCAGAGGCCAGGGUGUGACCCUUCCUGCUGCUUCCCAGACUUCCUCAGACUUGGUCCUGCCGUAGGAACUGCCAGAACUGGGAGGGGCCGCAAGCGGACAGUGGGCCUGGUGCCUUUUCGCAGAGGCUGGUGGAGAUGGAGACCGACCGCUCCGAGCAGCGGGAGACUGCGGACGGUAUGGAUCGUGGCCCUGCCCUGGGGCCCUGGAGCCACCAACUGUGACAGCAUUUGAGGGGACCAGAGGUUUUACUCAGGCUGGCUACUACCUGCUGCCACUCACGCGGGACCUGUCGGUCAUUGGUGUCACUGCCGGUUACCCCUUAGACAAAAUGUGGGCCAAAGGGCCCUCCUCCCUGUCCCGGUGGAGAGGCCCGUGUCUCCCACAUACAGUUUGGGAUGGUCCAUGUGGGUUUCUGUUCUAGCCCACGGACCAGGAUCUCAGCCCGGUCACCAGCCACCAGCUAACUGCUGGUUAGCCAAGCACAAAGUCCGGGUGCCGUCCGGCUGCAGUACUAGUUCUUGGGGUGAAGACUGUGCCCCAGACUGUACCUGCACCUUUGGAGGUGUCCCCUCUCCAGGUGCCAGGGCACGAUGAAACCGCUGUGCCCGUUUCGGUAGCUGUAACUGCCUCUGCAGCUGUCCCUGCUCCACCCAGAACUUGGGUCCGGACAGGCCAGUGCGAGAGGACCAGGGACUGUGGGCCCCCAUGGCUUAGGAAGGCAGGUUGGCCACCGACUGUGCCGUCCCCCGACAGGAGUCCUCUCUCGGCCACUUCCUGGGCAGUGAUCGGACAGAGGGGUGAGAGGUUCCAAAUUCCAACCUGGGCACGAUGCUGUCUUCGACCAGCAGCUCCAGGCCAGCCAGAAAGGGCCAGAAGCUUCCACGUAAAUCACCCAGGCCCCUGGAUUUUCUCUUCGGAUCGACCUGGUCCUAGAUCAGGGCCCGGAACAUGGAGGCUGUUAGACUGGGUCGCUCUCGUUCCUUGGGAGCUCCACAGGCUGACCCAAAUCUAGGCCGGAGUCGGUUCCUGUAAGUGCACUCAUCUGGGAAGAUGAAAUUGAAGAACCGCCCGUCACAGCCAUGAGCAGUCUUCCUGAGGCUCUCCCCGUCUCCUGCCCGCACGGCCCUCAUUGUUAGGUGGGCACUGCCUGGUUCCAGCCCACGCGUGUGCAGAUAAACUCUUGAACACUUUGAUGUACCUCACUUUACCUCUUUAAAGGCUUAAAAGCUAAGAAGGGUUUUUACAUUUUUAAGUGGGGGAAAAAAAGACUAUUUUGUGACAUUUCAAAGUUCUGUUGAAAUGAGAUUUCAGUGUGACCAAAUAAAGUCUAUUGGAACAGA